AGAGAUGGUUGGUCUGCUGCCCCUCCUCCUCCUUCUCCCCGUCUUCCUAUACGUGGCUGCGCCCCGGAUCAGGAAAAUGCUGUCUUGUGGGGUGUGUACAUCAGCCGUCCAGCUUCCUGGGAAGGUAGCUGUGGUCACUGGUGCUAACACAGGCAUUGGGAAGGAGACAGCCAAAGAGCUGGCUCAAAGAGGAGCUCGCGUAUACUUAGCUUGCCGAGAUGUGCAGAAGGGGGAAUUGGUGGCCAGAGAGAUUCAGACCACGACGGGGAACGAGCAGGUGCUGGUACGGAAACUGGACCUAUCUGAUACUAAGUCUAUUCGAGACUUUGCUAAGGACUUCUUAGCAGAGGAAAAGCACCUCCAUAUUUUGAUCAACAAUGCAGGAGUGAUGAUGUGUCCCUACUCUAAGACAGCAGAUGGCUUUGAAAUGCACAUGGGAGUCAACCACUUGGGUCACUUCCUCCUGACCCAUCUGCUGCUGGAGAAACUAAAGGAAUCAGCCCCAUCAAGAGUGGUAAACGUGUCUUCCUUAGCACAUCACCUGGGAAGGAUCCACUUCCAUAACCUGCAGGGCGAGAAGUUCUACAACUCAGGUCUGGCUUACUGUCACAGCAAGCUGGCCAACAUCCUCUUCACCCAGGAACUGGCCCGGAGGCUAAAAGGCUCUGGUGUUACGGCAUAUUCUGUACACCCUGGCACAGUAAAAUCCGAAUUGACUCGGCACUCGUCUUUCAUGAGGUGCUUGUGGUGGCUCUUCUCCUUCUUCAUCAAGACUCCUCAGCAGGGAGCCCAGACCAGCCUGUACUGUGCCUUAACGGAAGGUCUUGAGGGUCUAAGUGGGAAUCAUUUCAGUGACUGUCACAUAGCAUGGGUCUCUGCCCAGGCUCGUAAUGAAACCAUAGCAAGGCGGCUGUGGGACGUCAGUUGUGACCUACUGGGCCUCCCAAUGGAUUGACAAGCAGUGGCAGCUGGACCAAAAGAAGACUGCAGCAGACUACACAGUACUUCCUGCCAAAUUGAUUCUCCUUCAAGUAUUCCAAAACCUUGAAUACAAACAGUAAAACUUUCCAACCUUGCCUGCUUGGUGUACAGUUAAAACCCAGUCAACUGCCAGAUUCAUCCUAAUACUCAUCAUUUGUCCAGAUUUACUUUGCUCCUGUUAACUACAGAGCUACUAGAGACAUAUAUCGUCAUAGGAUUAAGAGACCCUCAUGUGACCUGCACAGCUCAUGUUUUCCUUCUGAAACUGCUGCUGCCUAGGAGAAUCUAAGCUGUGGCAGGGAUGAUUAUGGGAAUUUGGACUCUGUUUCUGCCCUCUUUGUUCACAAUGUAGUUCCUCUCAACCCACCAGUCUUCAUUUCAGGAGGGCCACACUUGCUAAACUCCAUGAAUCCCAAUGGCUUCCCUCAAGAGCAGGACUUGUCCUUCACCUCCUGAGUUGUCAUGCACAUCUGGAUUCUUUUAGGAAAUUGUUAACCAAAUCUGGAUUAUGGUAUGGCCUUAUUUGUGACACCCUGAAGCCACUGCUGUUAAGAUACUUUCCUGUGUCGCAGUCACAAAAGAGCUUCCUUUUCUAAGAAGUUUGUAGGAUUUGGGAGGUGGCAGAAAAGUGGGGGAAAGGCAGAAAUAAAAAUCAAGUUUAAGCUGUCAUUUUCCUGCUGUUUCUCAGAUCAGGAAGUAGGUAAUGAAAGGAGUACUAUGAGAAGAUGGCCACUUGACCACUUACUGACUCAAGACCCAUGGAGGCCUCCUUCUUUGUGCCUGCCUUUUCUUAGAAAACCAGAAGGAAAAAGGAGAGGCUUUUUGGUCAUUUUCACAGGCAUUCUAUCUUUGCGUGUCUUGUGUAUUUAUGUAGUUGGGAGUAUUUUCACAGAAUUCAAAACAGCCACAAAGGAACAGUGGCUGGACCCCAAUGCAGGUAAAUAAUCAGAGGUGGCACAGACCAGUGUCAUGAGAUCCCGUCUUGUGAUACCAGUCAAUAGAGCUGCUAAGGGACGUGGAUUCUGUAUAUGCUGCUAACCCAUCAAGAAGCACAUGGGUAGCAGGGAAGACAUCCAAAGGAGAAAAAGGAAGAAUCCUGCCUGGGAGCUAGAUAAUGCGCGAAAUGAAGGUACUAGUUAAGACUUGAAAGAACAGCAGAAGACAGUAAUAUACAGCUGUAGAAGAAUUGAGGGUGAGCAGCCAAGACUUAUGAGGCCCUGUCUUAACAAAAACCAGUUGAUCUGUGUGUGUGGCAGAAAAAAAUACAAAACAAGAAUAAAACCAAAAAACCCAAUUAUUUACUCAGAAAAAUUAUCUAAAGGACUGAUAUUGGCAAUUACAGUCAACAGUUUUUCAGGGCAUUUCCUUACAUUGUCUUGGUAAGAUUAAACCGCCUAUUUGAUUUGGAGAACUUUUAUCAGAAGUAAUGCUGCCAAAGGAAGCCUGAGGAAUUGGUUAUGUUCCCAUCACUUGUUUGGAGUAUGCUAUUCUCACAGCUUGUGAUUUCUUGGACUGAUGAUUAUAUUUUAACUUUGGUGGGCAAAAGAGUUAUAGGACCACAGUCUUUACUUCUCGUAUUUGUAAAUUAAUCUUUUGUCAAACUUGUUUUGGCCAUUAAACUGUAUAUUUAGAAAUGGUCA